CGCGCCUGCCACCAUUUCUCAAUCUCUCUGGCCAAGUUCGGGGAGCAAAGCGCCUCCAUUUCGACGCCCUUCUCCACCACCAGCUGCUGUUCUCUCCAUUUCUCCCGCGAGGAGAAGUGAAACAAGACACCCUAGGAUUGCUCCCUGGUCCUGAUUCCUACUUCAGAUCACCAGACAGGGAUUCCUAUUUUCCAUUCUCAGCGGCCAUGGACCUCCCAGGCCUCGCUCUCAUUCUACAGGCUGCGCUGAGCCCCAAUCCAGAGGAGCGGAAGGCAGCAGAGGAUAGUCUCAAUAAGUUUCAGUACACACCGCAGCAUUUGGUGAGGUUGUUGCAGAUCAUAGUGGAUGGGAAUUUUGAUUUGGCAGUGCGACAAGUUGCAAGCAUUCAUUUCAAGAACUUUGUGGCUAAGAACUGGUCACCUGAUGAGCAUGGCGAACCUCAAAUGAUCUCAGCCACUGAUAAAGGCAUUAUCAGGCAGAAUAUUCUUGGUUUCAUUAUUCAAGUUCCUCAACUGCUGAAAGUGCAACUUGGUGAGUGUCUUAAAACAAUCAUCCAUGCUGAUUAUCCUGAACAGUGGCCAAAUCUUCUUCACUGGAUUAAGUGUAACUUACAGUUGCAAGACCACCAAGUUUUUGGAGCACUGUACGUUUUGAGGAUUCUUUCUAGAAAAUAUGAGUUCAAAUCUGAUGAGGAGCGGUCACCAGUGUAUCACAUUGUCGAAGAGACAUUUCCUCUCUUACUCAAUAUAUUUCAUAAACUUGUUCAGAUCACUAAUCCUCCCAUUGAAUUAGCAGACUUGAUCAAACUUAUUUGCAAAAUAUUCUGGUCAUCAAUAUAUUUAGAGAUACCAAAACAGCUUUAUGAUCCCAAUGUCUUCAAUGCUUGGAUGGUGCUUUUCUUGAACAUUUUAGAAAGGCCUGUUCCUUUACAAGGUCAACCAACCGAUCCUGAGCUUAGGAAGUCUUGGGGAUGGUGGAAAGUUAAAAAAUGGACAGUGCACAUAUUGAACCGUCUUUACACACGGUUUGGGGACAUUAAGCUUCAGAAUCCAGAAAACAAAGUUUUUGCUCAAAUGUUUCAGAAGAAUUAUGCUGGAAAAAUUCUUGAAUGCCAUCUACGCUUGCUUAAUGCUGUUCGUACUGGUGAAUACUUGCCUGAUAGGAUUAUUAAUCUUAUCCUUCAGUACCUUAACUGCAGUAUUUCAAGAAGUAGCAUGUAUCAGCUGCUGCAACCACAAUUGGAUAUGGUUCUUUUUGAGAUUAUAUUUCCACUAAUGUGCUUCAGUAACAAUGACCAGAUAUUGUGGAAUGAAGAUCCUCAUGAAUAUGUUAGGAAAGGAUACGAUAUUAUUGAAGAUCUGUACAGUCCAAGGACGGCUGCUAUGGAUUUUGUAAGUGAAUUAGUGAGAAAACGCGGUAAGGGGAACCUUCAGAAGUUUGUUCAGUUCAUUGUGGAGAUAUUAAGGAGAUAUGAUGAGGCAAGUAUUGAGCUAAAACCAUAUCGGCAAAAGGAUGGCGCUCUUCUUGCAAUUGGAACAUUAUGUGAUAAAUUAAAGCAAACUGAGCCAUAUAAGUCAGAACUUGAGCGUAUGUUGGUGCAACAUGUCUUCCCUGAAUUUACAAGUCCUGUUGGAUACCUUAGAGCUAAGGCAGCAUGGGUUGCAGGUCAAUAUGCAUACACGAAUUUUUCAGAUCAGAACAAUUUUCGUAGAGCAUUGCAUUGCAUUGUUUCUGGUUUGAAGGAUCCUGAGCUUCCAGUUCGUGUUGAUUCUAUUUUUGCAUUACGUCCUUUUGUUGAAGCAUGUAAAGAUCGAGAUGAGAUUCGUCCCAUGCUUCCUCAAUUACUUGAUGAUUUCUUUAAACUUAUGAAUGAGGUUGAGAAUGAGGACCUUGUAUUCACCCUUGAAACAAUUGUUGAUAAGUUUGGUGAAGAGAUGGCACCCUAUGCUCUUGGAUUAUGCCAAAAUUUGGCUGCUGCAUUUUGGAGAUGCUUGAAUGCAUCUGAAACUGAUGAUGAUGGGGAUGACUCGGGCGCACUCGCUGCUGUUGGCUGCUUGCGUGCUAUAAGCACAAUUCUUGAAUCUGUGAGCAGGCUUCCUCAUCUUUAUGUCCAGAUUGAGCCUACAUUGUUACCAAUUAUGCGGAAGAUGUUGACUACAGAUGGACAAGAUGUUUUUGAGGAGGUUUUAGAAAUGGUCUCCUACAUGACGUUUUAUUCCCCAUCAAUAUCUUUGGAGGUGUGGUCUCUAUGGCCUCUUAUGAUUGAAGCACUCAAUGAUUGGGCUAUAGAUUACUUUGAUAAUAUCCUUAUUCCGCUGGACAACUACAUAUCCAGAGGCACUACACAUUUCCUAAGCUGCAAAGAACCUGAUUACCAACAGAGCCUAUGGAAUAUGCUUUCUUCUAUAAUGACAGACAAAAAUAUGGAAGAUAAUGAUAUCCAUCCUGCACCAAAACUCAUUCAAGUACUAUUUCAGAAUUGUAAAGGUCAGUUGGAUCAGUGGGUUGAACCAUAUCUCCGGAUUACAAUUGAACGUCUUCUACGAACUGUGAAGUCAUCCUUAAGAUGCCUUUUAAUAGAAGUGAUUGCCGAUGCCCUAUAUUACAAUGCUUCUUUGACCCUCGGGAUAUUGCAUAGGCUCGGUGUUGUUUCAGAAGUUUUCAAUAUGUGGUUUCGGAUGCUACAAGAGGUUAAGAAGAGUGGUGUUCGUGCUAAUUUUAGACGAGAAUAUGACAAGAAGGUGUGCUGCUUAGGGUUAACUUCACUUAUUGCACUUAACGAAGAACAACUGCCAGCAGAUGCUCUAGGGCGUGUGUUCUGUGCAACUCUAGAACUUCUCGCAUCUUACAAAGAUCAAAUUGCAGAAGCUCAGAAAGAGGCUGAAGUUGAAGAUGAUGAUAUGGAUGGAUUCCAAACAGAUGAUGACGAGGACGAUGAAUCUGAUAGGGAAAUGGGCGACGAUGAGGAGGAAGAUGGAGAUGAGGCAGACAGUCGAAAGCUCAAGAGAUUAGCUGCACAGGCAAAGGGUUUGCAGCCUGAGGACGAGGAUGAUGAUUCAGAAGAUGAUUACAGCGAUGAUGAUGAGAUGCAAUCUCCUAUUGAUGAUGUGGAUCCAUUUAUUUUCUUUAUGGAAACUGUGAAAGGCUUGCAAGCUGCAAAUCCUGCAAGAUUUCAGAAUGUUAUGCAGACCAUGGAGUUCAGUCACCAGGCUCUUGCUAAUGGCAUAGCUCAACAUGCUGAACAAAGAAAGAUAGAAGUUGAGAAGGAGAAGAUUGAGAAGGCAGCAUUGUCGUGAGAGAAAAAAAUGAUCAAAUAUUCUGUUCUUUCAAUAUUUUCCUUGGCAGUUUUAAUUCUUUGGAGGGGCCAUGGCCAUGAAGAUAUAAUUGGUUACAGUGAUUUUAUGAAUUAUUGGGUUGUGGAGUUCAUAGAGCCAAAGGUUUUGUCAGGUUCUCUGUUCGUUGAGCUUGUCAGAAUUCUUUUCCAUGAAAGGAAGCGUAUUACCAGAAGAUGGGUGUCUUCUGUUCUAUCUUUGCCUGUGCAAAUAUUUGUCUCGGCUGCUCGAGUUGAGGCGGUUAUGUUUUGUUCCAAAGCAUUUGCUUCCUCGAAGGAAGGUAUUCAUAUUUUUGUCACUUAUUCUUUUUUACGGUAUAGGAUCUUAGUAGUUGUGAAAAAAAAAUUUGGCUUUUGAAGUUCUUCAUUAUUUUUUACCUUUUUUUGUGCUUUUUCUGAGGGCUGGUAUGCUGUUUUUGGUUAAAGCGGCAGGUCUUCUUUAUUUGGUGAUAUAUGAUUGCUUCUGCUGUUGCAUUUGCAAUUGCACCCAAUCCUAUUUUUAUAAAGUUGGAUAAUUGAAAGUGUUGUAAUAUGAACAUUCCAUUCUGUUGGUUCUUGUAAAAGUUUGGACAGUUUAUUUCGAAAAGUUUUGCAUGUAAUUAUAGCCU